CGCGCGCGAGGACGCGCGCGAGGACGACGACGACGACGGCGACGGCGACGCGAUCGCGGGCGCGCGCGGCGUCGGGUCGAGGGACAUCACGACGAGCGGGACGUUCACGGUGGAUGAGUUUAAGUUGAACGCGCGAGGCGCGGUGGUGGCGGAUGGACGAAGCGACGGCGGGCGCGAUCGGGACGACGCGCGGGCGCGAGACGCGAGCGCGUCGGUGAGCGAGAGCGAGUGCGGGGAGAGAGAUGGGUUCAUUUUGGGCGCGGCGGAUCUGGAGUUGGUGGGGGUGAUCGGAACUGGGAGCGGCGGCGUCGUGCGCUUGGCGACGCAUAAGCGCACGGGCGAGGCGUUGGCGGUGAAGACGAUUGCGAUUUCGCUGGCGAGGGACGAGAAUGAACGGAAGCGGAUCGUCACCGAACUGCGAACGCUGCAUAAGAGCGAGUGCGAUUACAUCGUGCGAAGCUCGGGGGCGUACUUCGAUCGGGGGAGCGUGAGUUUGGUGAUGGAGUACAUGGACGGCGGGACGAUGAGCGACGCGACGAAAUAUCUUGGGAAAUGGGUGGAACAGGAUCUCGCCGCCGCGACGUCCAUGCUCGCCGAUGGUUUACACUAUUUGCACACGAAAUUGAAUGUGGUGCAUCGAGACAUCAAGCCGUGUAACGUGUUGCUCAAUCUGCGCGGCGAGGCCAAGUUGAGCGAUUUCGGCGUCAGCGGACACCUCACCGACGCGAGUAAGUGCCACUCGUGGGUGGGGACGGUGACGUACAUGUCGCCCGAACGCAUUCAGGGCGAAUCGUACGAGUACACCGCUGAUGUGUGGAGUUUCGCGCUCACGAUGGUGGAGUGCGCGCUCGGGCGCUUUCCGUACAAUCCGCCCGACGUCUCGAGACGACUCGUCUUCUGGGAUCUCCUCGAUAUCGUAGUUCAGGACCCCGUCCCAAAUCUACGACCCGAGCUCGACGUCUCGGAUGAAUUCGACAAUUUCGUCGCCCUCGGGCUCAACAAGGACCCCACGGGUCGCAUGCUGACGAAGAACAUGAUCGCGCACCCAUGGAUUUUUGGCCGUGACCGCGCGAGCGAUAAGCGCCGCAUCGCCGCCCUCGCCGCGCGCCACUUAGAUGCUCGCUCCAAGGCGCGCGAACGAGGCGAGAAGUAA